UGUAAUCUCUCCAUCCCCGGGAGUGAGCGAGCCACCAGUGCAGAGGCAGUUGGAUAAGGGGCGAUGCGCACUGAGGAGCUCACCAAAAAGGCUGCUGCUUCUCUUACAUGAGGAUGGACAGAGUUCCUGCGUAGCGCGAAAGCAGCGACAGAUUCCCACCUUCUUCUGCUCUUUACCACACUUUGGGGGCGCUUUUGUUUUGAAAUUAUAGGACGAGAAACACCAUCGAAGUUCGAGGAUUCCCCCUGUUCGCAAUUUGCAGGCGGUGAAUUGUGUUUCUCAGCGAGCAGCGAGGUUUCCUGGAGACUGGAGAAGGGGGGCGUUUAUGCAAACUUACUUUGUGGAUGCAGUGACGUGCUGUUUAUGUGGCGUUCUUCUUGGAUUCAUUUCGGCUGUCUUGUGUUGCUAAGGUGCGUUUAAAUCGAUUUGAAAUGUCCGAUUCCCACAACCGGAGCCAAGCCAGCGCGCGUCGCAGUGACUACGUGUGGCAGUAUGAAUACUACGACGAGGAACCUGUUUCUUUUGAGGGUCUCAGGGCGCACAGAUACUCCAUCGUCAUCGGCUUCUGGGUCGGACUCGCAGUGUUUGUCAUUUUCAUGUUCUUCGUCCUCACACUGCUCACAAAGACAGGAGCUCCACAUCAAGAAAACCAGGACUCUGCUGAAAAGCACCAUCGACCGGGGAGCUGUCUGGUAGACAUCGAUGGUCAUCAGGAUGAAAACGACAAGGCCUUCUCUCGUCCGCUGCUGGCGGGAUCUCGCUCAUAUUUUAAUUUCUUCAUCAGUGAGGACGAUCAGGGUCAGGCGAAGCAAAAAACUGAAGACAAGCGAACUGGAAAGCAUAAUGGAGCCCGAGCUCAGCAGGGGAACAGCGACCGGCCCAGAGGCAUCAGCUCAUCAGGAGUGGACGAGAUGGAGGAGGACAUUGAGGAAGCUGGAGGAUGCCAGCAUCUCAAUGGAUUAAUAGGAGAGGGUAAGAUAGACCGAGAGUGUGCCUUCCUUUCUCACUUCAACAUCCCGAACUUUGUGAGCCUGGAUCACAACUCCACGCUUGGAGAGGAUGAUCUGCUGUACGAGCCGUCGGCCAUCCUGGAGCGCCAGUCUCGUGAUUCUCACUGUGACGUCCACUAAGGACAAUCCUGCAAAAAGGCUUGGAUGAAGCAGUAUUGUACUAUCAUUUGCUUUCCAUUCAGAGGGCCAGCUGUGACCAGACCGUGGGAAAUAGACUCAUCUGCUACACACCUUUUUAAUUAUAUUUAUAACAAGCAUACAGUCAGAUCAGCAAGCAAGAAGGUAUAAAGCAAAGGCCACAAUCCCAUAUUAAGUGCAACUCAAGAGUUUUAAGAUGAGAGUCCUUCCUGUGUAUGUAAAGGCCUCAGUAACAAAAUGUUAUUUUGAGUACUGGGCUCCUCAGUUGGAUGAGGUUGUGCCGUUCUGAAUUAGAUCAUUCCCCAUCUGAGCAGAGAAAAAUUAAAGAGCUGUGGGGUUGCCAGGGAGAGAUGCCAUGUUCAGUUUAUUCUGCUGUUAUUGCUGUCCUGUUGUUUUCGUGGAACUCUGGACGGUAUCUCUGCCAAUUGGUCCACCAGCGAGAUUCAAAGCAUCGAAUGAAAUGCUUUUUUUUUCUAAAAUGAUAUGCUUUCUGUUAGAAACGGUGAAGUGUGCGUUAACUGUGUAAUUAGUAGCACAAAAUCAAACAUAUCAUUGUUCUUUCAGGGUAGGAAACCUGACACAUAAGGGUGACGAUAUCAUAUGAUACUUUUGUAGUCCUGUUAAAUCUACAGGUGCUGAAUGUUGAUUGCCCAAAUAAAGCCGAAAUGUUUUUUGAAAUCAACCAAA